GGCGGCGAGAGUUUUUGUAUGGAAAAACUGUCAAAGAUUCAAAAUUAUUCCCCCGUUUUUAAGUUAUUAAAGUUAUCUGACGGUGAAAAAUCAGCCCACAAGUAUAGCCAAUUCUAAUGAAUUUGUAGAGCGGCGAUGAAUCAAACUAAUACCGUAAUCGGUACAAAGUGUCCAUUGUAAUUAGAUUUUUUUUUAAAUUGCUGUAUUAUUAUUAACUAAUCACUUCCACAUGGUGUCAGCCGCUGCUCGGCUCCUAUCUAUGUAUUACAGUGUUAUGGUUUAUAGUCUUCAUCGAUAAAUGAACUAUCCAUCCAACAGAAAAAUAAUUAUUAAUUUGAAACCAGUAGUUCUCGGUUUACAGGGUGCAAACAAACCAGACACUUUAUAAUAAUAGUACAUAUAGGUAUUCAUAUUGACAGUGAUAUGCCUUACUGCAUGGACUUCGAGUUUUGUGAACUUUAUUGAUGGUAAGUUCCUACACAGAGAGCGUGCAACAAAUACCUGGUAUUGUAAGUUGUUUUAGUAAGUAGCACCAACUUAUCAAUUGAAUUUUAUGAGAUAACACAUUGGGUAGCUUUCAACUGUUUGAUGCAUUGUCUAUCAACAUCAACACAGUACGGCAUACAAUAUUUACGUCUUCGUUCCAUUGCAGAUCAUGACCACUAAUAUACCUGCUCCUUUUUUAGGCGAGGCAGCAUAGAAAACACCAACGCCAUGUUAUUGUUUUAAAUGGAUACUCGGAUACUAACCCAGAACUGGUUUGGACAUCCACCAUAACUGCUAACUGGCAAUGGUACGCAAACCAUAUGAACCGACUUAGGGGAACACACUGGCCACAAGUAACUUGGCGCGAGCACUGGACCCGAAAUAAUACAGAAGUUGUAAAUAGAAUCAUUGCCGAUAUUCACAAGAACUGCUAUGCUUGCAAUAAUCCAGCCUUCGGGAUGACUAUGAAGGUGGAGUUUCGAAACAGAAAUAAUGACAGGGCUCGGCCGGAUCACUUACGGGCAGCGCCCGAAAUAGUGAGAGCGCCCCGGCGACAACGAAUACCAACAACGCCAACAGCGACGACGACGACGACCUCACAGCAAGCUGGUGAAAUGAUGAACCCUGUUCAGACUGUUAAUAAUGAACGUGCUUACGAGACAGGAGCCAUAGAUAGAAAAAAUAAAAACGUAGGCAGAGAUUUGGACCAUAGGUUUAGGCUUGAAACACCACAUAAAUGUGGAAACAUCCAUCCAGAAAGGACUUACGCAAAUGUACAUUUGAAUCCGUAUACUCGACCAGGGUCCUCUCCCACCCAGGUAGAGGGGUCCCCAGACACCUCUUCCUGGGACGAAGAGGACCCCUCUACCUUGUAUGAACCGGGCACGGGUGCUGCAACUUCGUAUCCUCAGGCAGUACCCUCUUCGUACCGGGGAGUGGACCAUGGACGAGGCCGAGGACAAGACCUUCUGAAGCGCCUCAAGUUGUGGCCUAAUAAUAAUUCAUCUACCACACAUCCAGAAAAGACAAUAGAGCUUACAGAUGAAAAUGUGACUCCAUAUACUCAUUCGGGAUCCUCUCCCACACAGGUAGAGGGGUCCACAGACACCUCUUCCUGGGACGAAGAGGACCCCUCUACCUUGUAUGAACCGGGCACGGGUGCUGCAACUUCGUAUCCUCAGGCAGUACCCUCUUCGUACCGGGGAGUGGACCAUGGACGAGGCCGAGGACAAGACCUUCUGAAGCGCCUCAAGUUGUGGCCUAAUAAUUAUUCAUCUACCACACAUCCAGAAAAGACAGUAGAGCUUACAGAUGAAAAUGUAACUCCAUAUACUCAUUCGGGAUCCUCUCCCACACAGGUAGAGGGGUCCACAGACACCUCUUCCUGGGACGAAGAGGACCCCUCUACCUUGUAUGAACCGGGCACGGGUGCUGCAACUUCGUAUCCUCAGGCAGUACCCUCUUCGUACCGGGGAGUGGACCAUGGACGAGGCCGAGGACAAGACCUUCUGAAGCGCCUCAAGUUGUGGCCUAAUAAUUAUUCAUCUACCACACAUCCAGAAAAGACAGUAGAGCUUACAGAUGAAAAUGUGACUCCAUAUACUCAAUCGGGAUCCUCUCCCACACAGGUAGAGGGGUCCACAGACACCUCUUCCUGGGACGAAGAGGACUCCUCUAUUUGGGCCGCGCCGGGCACGAGCACUACGACUCCGCUUCCUCGUGUAGUACCCUCCUCGUACUGGGGAGUGGACAGGGGACGAGGCCGAGGACAAGACCUUCUAAAUCGCGUUAGAAAAUGGCGUUGUUCUUUUGGCACCUCUUCCUGGGACGAAGAAGACCCCUCUACCUGGGAUGAGCCGGGCACGGGUGCUGCAACUCCGUAUCCUCGAGCAGUACCCUCCUCGCGCUGGGAAGUGGAGCGGGGACGAGGCCGUGGACGAGACAUUCUGAAUCGUCUUAAAAGAUUUGAAAUGACAGAAGAGCUCACACCCGGAGAUAACCAUGUGACUCCGUCAGUAUCCUCAUCGUUCCAGACUAGGGAUUUUAAGAACCUCCCUGCCCGGGACGAGCCGAAUACGAGCGGUGUGAUUUCAAGUCCGUGUCCAGUACCAUCUUCGUCCCAGGCAGGGGGAUCUGCGGUCACCCCUGCUCUGGAGAAGCCCAGUAACCGGCCAGGAUCCUCUUCAUCUCAGGCAGGGAAUUUUGGGAACCUAUCUGCCGAAGAUCAACCCAGUACGGGCGGUGUAGCUCAGUAUAAUGGUCAAGCACCCUCCUCAUCCCAGCUAAGGGUAUUUUUGGACCCCUUAACUAGCGACGAGUCGAGCUCGAGCGACGAGACUCCGUGUACUAGUCCAGGACUCGCCUCGUCCAGGGAAGUGGUGCGAGACCGUGACCAAAGUACGAUGAAUGCGAUUUCACUUAAUCCUACAAGACCGGCGAUUGACUACUGGGCCCCCUCUCGAUGCGACGGAGUGGACGGCGCGAUCGCUGAGACUCCAUCUUCUAUUCCGCCUUCUUUGGUCUGGAAUGCGGAAAACGUUAUGCGAACUAUUGCUGCAUUGAAUACGGAAUCACGUAUUCUAGUUCGUGAAAGGGAGAACUUUGUUGAGAACCUCCAGAGUAGAUUAUCACAAAAUUUGAACAUUCAGUUUAAUAUGACGGAGAUUUUGAUAAUUUUCGGAAACCCUGCAGAUGAAAGGGUUUCAGAAAUGUUGUAUAUGAGGCUACUAAAAGAGCAAAUUCAGGACGCUUCGCCAGGUUCGGGAAGUCGAAGACGCAACUUCCGUGAUGAAUACAAGAAAAAAAAAAGGGGAGAUAAAUUCUGAUUUAAUCGUUGAUCAGUUGAAUCUGUCGAAUUCCUCGCUAAUCUCACACAAAUAUGAUGUAAGAUUUCUUUUAAAAUAUUCCAAAGAUAUAUUCUUAUACUUACAAGGAGUAUCAAAAUCUAAUUCUGUUUAACACUGUGGCGUAGCGUGUCUUGGUAGGGUCUCGUAUUAAAUUUGUAUGGGGGCCCCUAUUUUUAGGGGUGUAAAUUAUACAAUGACUUCUCCCGCUCCUUGGAUGAGGCGAGAGGGAGUCAAACACUUACUAAAUAAAAACAAGCCCGUUCCUACUCUUGCCUUGAACCGGAACCCCGGUAAUAACCUGUUAGGUAGUUCGCAGCUCGGGAUCGGGCAUCAGCCCUACUGGGCCCCAUCCGUGGUGAUCUGAUUCUUUGAGGCGUGUGGAACGCGACGAACCGUACGCGCGAGUUUGGUUCUGGUCGGGCGGCAAGCUACCCUUGCUCGCUGUCCGCAGACCCGCACUUACGGUGGCCGGAGAUAGUCGCGCGAUCCCCGACGUCUGGAGUGUACAUAGUAGUAAAACCUAUGUACAUAGUGUACAUAGGUUUGAGCAUUAAUCACCACGCUUGCUUAACUCCUUGUCUGUCGGUAUAUAAGACACAAUAGAAAACACAUUGUGUCUCGCGUAGAUCUGCGUUCCGACAGACAACGGGUUAAUGCGGGUUGCCGAUUUUAAACUUAUAAUUAUAAAUUAUAAGGCCAGGUUUUCUCACGACGUUUUCCUUCACCGUUAGUCGAGUCGUAUUUCGACUCGACUAACGUAAACGUAAUCUAACGUAAUCUUAGAAAGUACAUUAUAACUAGAAAAACGUCACGUUGGUACUUUUGCCGUUGGUAAGUUUCGAACCCUUAUACGUCUUAAACUCCCGCGCCGCCCGACAUGUCAUGCUGUGCCACGACUUAAUUUUGUAAUUAAUAGGAAGGAAUAUUUUGCAAAUACUAUUGCAUUUUAAUAUCUAAUUAAAUAAAAGUAUGUAGUGACAUUGAAUUUGAUGUCAAAACUAAAUUUGAAGGAGCCAAAGGUCCAAUCAAAUUAAUUUUGGAAAAGAAAUUGUGAUUUAUUUUAAAAGAUGUAAUCUUGAUGUAUUUAAAAAUUAUACAGUAUGGAGAUCACUCAUAUGACUUAAAUGAAACUACACAAGUAGUACUCGUCCACAGAAGCGUAAUUCAACUAAAUAUUUCAACGCAAACUUUCAAACAUAAUAAAUAAUUCAAUAAAUCAAGUAUUAAAUUCUGUGUGAACAGCUCCAUGUUCCUUGACCACAGAAGAGCUGUAAUGUUGUAGGUUGUCUAGAAAUGUUACGAGUACGAACACGCGGCGUGGCUUUUAUAAUGCCGUAUUUGUAAAGAGUGUCCAAAUUAGCCCAAAGAAAAUAAUGCUCUUUUGGCUUACCUACUGGACAGAUGGUAGGCAAGAUGAUAACAAUUAAUAUGUGGUUUAAAUUAAGUCAUAACAGGUUUCCCAUACGAUAUAUUAUAUAACCUAUAUAACGACCGUAGUGUUUAAGCUAUUAAUAAGAUAAUGUGAUGAUAUUUAACCUGUGUGAUUUUGACAACAAAAAAAUAUGAAUGUAUGUAUUAUUUAAUAAUUAUUGUCAUUAUAAUAUUAUAAGAAGUGUA